AUGACACAUGGGCAAUUAGUGGGUAAUGGUGGGGAGAUGAAGGAAGGAGAGAGUGCUCGGAAGAGGAUGAAGAUAUCGGUCCCGCAUUUUGAUAACUCUGCGCUUAUCAAAUCAUACUCCAAAACGUUGAUUGGUAGGUGUAUGAACCCUCCGGAGCAAGAAAUGAAGGCGUGGAUUCAGAAUGUUCCCCAGAUUUGGAAACUGGAGGAUCGGGUGAUUGGCACAGAUUUGGGUUUUGGGAAGUUUCAAUUUGAUUUUGAAACAGAGAGUGAUAUCGAGGGGGUCAUGAGCCUUCAACCUUAUCAUUUUGACUAUUGGAUGCUUGCAUUGGCGCGGUGGCAACCAAAGAAGAGUCAGCUCUUUCCGUCAGAGAUUACCUUUUGGGUCAGAGUGGUUGGGGUUCCAAUGGAGUUUAGGACGGUUCCCACCUUUGAAAGCAUUGGCGAGGCAAUUGGGAGAUUGGUCGCGGUGGAUGUUGAGCACUGUAGAGUCCAGGUGGUGGUUGAUGCGUUUCAAGAGCUUUGUUUCGAAACCACUCUAGAGUUCAAAGGGGGAGAGUUUUACGAUGGAGAGGAAGAAAAAAUUUCUUUAAGGUACGAAAAGCUGUUCGGGUAUUGCGGGUUGUGCUCGAGUCUUUGUCAUAAAGAUGAGUUAUGCCCUCUUUCAAAGAAGACGGAGGUAAAGGCGAGUCCAGAGAAGAGACGGGAAAACAGGGACGGGAAUGGGAGGUAG